UUAGAUGUUUCAAGUUUUCAUCUAAUUAUUUCAGCUCCUACUCUUAACCCCAUGCAGUUUCGAAAUAUCCAAGUUUUCUCCAUGAUGAAGUCUUAUCUGAUUAAUUCAAAUGCAAAAGUUGGCAAAGGAUCAAAACAAACCCUGUCAUUUAUGGGUUGCAGUUCUUUGGAAGAUUUGAGUCAUUCCCUCCGAGAAUACUGCAUGAGAAUAAUUGAUCAAGUUGAUAGGCGAGUUCAGUCUGUGAGUGCUGCGGAAUUCCAGAAGGCUUGUCUAAUAGAAUCCAUUGAUCUAUUUAACAUCUUGUGCUUAAUGGAUUCUGGAAUCAUCCAUACUAUUUUCCCUAUAAUUCGUAGAAUUUAUGAUCAUGUGUAUUCCAAUGUCUACAGUGAUCCUGAAGUUCAAGACAUUGCAGUGAUGGCAAGUGCUAUGCGAUUUUUUAUAAAUCAUGGUAGUUCAGUGAUGCAUAAACCAGAUAAUCUGUACGUCUAUAUGUUUUGCGAUUUGCUCAACUUGUCUUACAAAGACAAUUACAUAGCAUAUGAAAUUAUUCUGCUCAUGAAAGAAAAUUUGUCACAACUUUGUUAUCACAGUAGCAUUUUAGAAAAAUAUUUUCCUACAUUUUUUAAAGUUUUAGCCUGGAGGCCAAACACAUUUGUAGAUGACUUUUUAGAACUGCUUCCUGCUUUUAUGUCUCAACAUACAUCAGUAGAAGUGUUCUACAUGCUGUUGGAUCUGCCAUGCUUAACAGCUAUUCUGAUACUGACAGAUAAUAAAGCCAGCAUUCUAGAUCCCAAAGCUGUGAAAGAUUCUGGAUUGUUAGAAGCCACCAAAAAACCUGAAGUAGCUUCAAUGAUUCAAUUUAUGUUAAGAAGAAAUAGUGGAAUUGGAGAUACCUUUGAGAGUGUUUCAUUACUACAUCAAAGUUUAAAUAGUCUGGCAUCAGAUAGUAGAGUCAUGUGUUGUGCAGAAGCUGUUAUUCCUCUUCUUAAGAAAUAUUUUAAGGUAUUCUUGCAAUAUGCUGACACUUCUGUAACUGCACUUCUCAUUCCAGCAAUUUUAGAAAGGUUAUCAAUAUUGUUUCCUGUGCCAAAAUAUGCAGAAAACAUUCACAAUGUUCUUUCAGGUGCUGUUGUACAGUUAUUUGAACUCCAUCCUGAAACUAUAUUUCAUUGUCAGAAAACUGUUAUGACAUACAUUAAUUACUUCAAAAAUUAUUUUAUUGCUUGGCAGAAUUUCAUGAAUAUGAUUUGGAUUAUUGGAGAAUAUAUAUCUGUCUCAUACAGCAAACUGUGUAGACCAGAAGUCAUUGCUAUAUUUUUUGAAAGUUUAGAAAGUACCACAUAUGAAGCAUUGUCUUAUCUUCAAGAAUCAUCAGAUGAUAUGUUCCUGAAACUUCUCAGCAUUGCUUUAACCACUCUUUCAAAGUUGGCUGCUAGAAACCAAGAUCAGGUUCCACGAGCUGUAUUGUGCCUGAGUAAAGCUCAUCAACAGCUUUCAUCAUUUGGAAAUGAUUAUAAAAAGAACUGGAAGAUUGUCAUGGAACGUGUCUUAGAACUACUGUCUAUCUUAAAUUCACCAAAUGUUGCUGCUAUCGUGCUGAGUCCACCUAAACAGUUGGAGUAUGGAAGGUUGCAUAGAGAUUCCACAUCUUUGCCGUAUGUUUUGCGAGCCAUCACAAGAGUUGUGACAACUAAUAGUUAAUCUUUUUAUUAUACAAUCAAGAAAUGCAUUGUCUUUCAAAUUUUAUUCAAGUGAAAAUUAUAUAUUUUUAUAUGUAAAGUGACCUUAUUAUGCAAGUUAUGUGUAUUUAGACAUAUUUAUUAAAAUUAAAAAUAUGAUUUUGCAA